AUGACUGCUGUGGCAUCUCCUCCAAGUGUGCAAUCUGGCCCGCGUAUAGGAUGGUAUCCUACUAGUAACGGCGGUCAGGGUGGAUUUUCCUCUAUCAACGGUGACGAGGUUUCACGCCCAUUUAUGAUCCGGAAAAGUGUUCAGCGAACGAAUUCUUCCUCGUCUAUUUCAUCAACUUCAUCUUCGUCUACAUCUACCGUACGCCCACAGCCACUUAGUAAUGGUGGGCCGCCGCAGCCCACACCCGAAUCGAAUAACGCAGGCCCUGCAAAAAAACAGCCGAGAUAUAUCUGGUCUGGGUCAAAGGCGGAGCCUGUUUCGGCGGUGACGAAUGCCCGCCCUCAAGCCGUUUCUGCACCACCCACCAGAUCUGCUGCUUCCUCAGCCAUGUCUGCUCUACAACAACCAUCUCCCGUUGUCCCAUCUCCGCAUGGAAUUGCCCCACCGCAGCAAAAUGGUGUCCGUGGCCCGAAUAGACCUGCGCCAAGCGAACCCACGGCAAUCUUGAGCUUGGUGCCACUAAAUGGCACAUUCGAAAGAAAGCAGAUUACUGUCCCAUAUUUCCCAGAUGUGCUUCGGAUGGGGAGGCAGACAAAUGCUAAGACCGUCCCGUCGGCUGUUAACGGCUAUUUUGAUUCCAAGGUUUUGUCAAGGCAGCACGCAGAUAUCUGGGCUGAUAGACAAGGAAAAAUAUGGAUUCGCGAUGUCAAGUCUUCAAACGGAACAUUUGUUAAUGGACACCGUCUCUCUCCCGAAAACAGAGAAUCGGAGCCUCAUGAGUUACGGGAGCACGACACCCUUGAGCUGGGAAUUGAUAUCGUUAGUGAGGAUCAAAAGUCUAUUGUUCAUCACAAAGUAUCUGCAAGAGUAGAACAUGCUGGGGUCUAUGGUCCUCAUAUGAACAUUUUGGAUCUAAAUUUUGGUGACAUAGAUCCUACGUCUGGCGGUGGUUUAUUUCCUCAUCACCUAAGUCAACCUUUAAACCAUACACGAACCCGACAGAGUAGCACCUCUUCAGCUGGAAGCUCCAGGACUGCCACAGGAACCAAUGGCCCACAACUAAACGCCUUACAGCAACAACGCCAAAUGAACUAUUGGCUGUCUCCAAUAUCCAUUGAGCAGGUGGUCAAGAAACUUACAGUUAGAACAUUUAAACCCCAUUCCUGUCACUCUCAGCUGACCAUAGAUUCACAGGCCGAAAUGAAACAAGCAAAAUACCAUACCCAAGACCUGACCAAAACAAAUGACUUCGUGUCGCAUUUAGCAUCGCGUGACGGUUUGGAAAAAGAGCGCAUAAAACCUUCCCCUACUGAUGCCCUUCCGGCAAGCCGCCAGAUCAACGGACGACCUAAAGUUCAUAGAAACGAUUCAUUUUCCCGGUUUUCUGAACCACCCGCUCCUCCUCCACAGCAACCAUUACCAGAGAAGCCCGAUGUAGCUUCCCGUUCCAAUCCUCCUUCAGUAGUUUCUAGCUCGCCAUUGAAGCGAUCUGACACAGAGAAAUCAAGGUCACCUGCAAACUCAGUUCGCGAAUCCAGUCAGAUAUUAUCGCUUAUAGAAGCCCUGACUAUUGCCAAGAAAGAGUUGGACUUACAAGGAGCUCGGGUCAGAGAACUAGAGGACCUUCUCCGCCACGAGCGAAUAGCUCGUGAAACCGCUGAGGAGCGUGCCCGAACAAUAGAAAAUGAACGUUCAGAAUUAGCACCAGAAAUCGUACCUGAGCCGGAAACUAUUAAAGAUGACGACGAGAUUUCUGUUACUACUGUCGUCGAAUCCGUUGAUGAAACGGAAGCCAAGAUGCCAGUGGAGCCCGAACCACAAACUCACGCGCCAGCGCUGGAAUCUGUCACUACGGAACUACAACUUCGCCUAAAUACUUUAAUGUCUGAAAUGGAUGAGAUGCGUAAGGAGGUUGAUAAAUACAGAAGCUCAGCGCAGCGAGCAGAAGAUGAUGCGGCACAAAGUCGAAAAACGCUUGCAGAAAUGGUUGAAAACGUUCGCCGGGAACGAGCAGAAGCGGCAGUGACAAGUACAUCGGAACUCGGCGGGCUGGAUAUCACAAGCAACAGCAACGCGGUAUCAGAGAAGGGGGACGAACCCAUCAGUAACGAUGUCAUGGAUGCCCUUUCGAUGCGCUGUCGAUCCCUAUCACCCACCCGCAUGCAAGAAUUAGAGCGCGCAGCCGUCGCGUUUGCAGAAGAGCGACAAAGGCCCAGCAUAUUUGAGCACUCUGCCCCAUACGCCUCGAUGAUUGGCGUUGUUUUACUGGGAGUCGGAAUAAUGGCAUACUUGAAUGGAUGGCCGAAAGGAGAUAGAUAG